UUCCUUCCUCAUCCUUCAUCCUCCCCUCGUCCUCCUCUUCCCCAGCCUUCCUCCUCCUCUCCCUCCUCCCUCUGUCUCCCCAUCGUCCUCCUCUUCCUCCCCAUCUCCCUCCCCCCUCCUGCCUCUCCCUCUCCCUCCUCUUCCUCCCCCAGCAGUGACGUCUCUGGACGUGCUGCUCCCCGGCCCGGCGCAGGCACCGCUCGGGGCUCCGGUACCGCGGCCCGGGAGCCGCCUCCGGUGGGGCAGGGGCACUGCCCGAUGCGGCGGGGGGGCGAUGCGGGCGGCGCGGAGCCGGCGGUAGCGCCCGCACCGGGCCCCCCCGGGAGCAUGGGCUGCAUCGGCUCCAAAACCACCAUCGUGGCUGUGGACACGACGCUGUGUGUGGAGUGGAAGGAGGUGAAAGUGCUGUCACCGCUGAGUGCUGCCCACCCGCUGCCCCGCCUGGUGCGCCAGGCCUCCUUCGACAGCCAGGACUUCCUCCAGGUCAAUGUUGAGGACACUGUCGAGAUGCUGCCCAAGUCGCGGCGCGCACUGACCAUCCAGGAGAUCGCCGCCCUGGCCCGCUCCUCACUGCAUGGCAUCUCACAGGUGGUGAAGGAGCACGUGACGAAGCCAACGGCCAUGGCGCAGGGUCGUGUCGCCCACCUCAUCGAGUGGAAGGGCUGGUGCAAGCCAGUGGAGCCACCCACUGCACUGGAGAGCGCCUUCAGCUCCUACUGCCAUCUGAGUGAGGGCGAGCAGGAAGCACGCUUUGCUGCUGGAGUGGCGGAGCAGUUUGCCAUCGCUGAGGCCAAGCUGCGAGCCUGGUCCUCAGUGGACGGGGACGACUCCAAUGACGAGUCCUACGACGAGGACUUCAUGCCCUCCACAGAGAGCUCCCAGCCCACAGAUCUGCCCAGCACGAUGCCCGCCAGCGCGCUGCUGCGAGACCUGCUGCAGGGCCACCUGUGCCAGCUGGGUUUGCGGCACAGCUCCUGCGAGCCUGAGAGUGACUCCUCGCACACCCUCUCCCCCGAGACCCUCUGCUCCAGCCUCUGCAGCCUGGAGAUGGUGUCCCCCUCCGAACUCACUGCCAAACUGCUAGGCUCCCUGGGGGGUGAGGACCUGCUGCUGCCCAAGCUGUCCCCCCCGGCCAGCGAAAGUGCCUUGCGGGGCCUGGCACGGCUCCGGUGCCAGGACUCCCUCUACUCCAUGUCCUACGCCGAAGCCUGCAUCUCACCCACCGAGGAAGAGGUGGUGCUGAGCAAGGACUUCCCGCUCCGCCGAAAAGUCUCUGAUGUUGCCUCCUCUGGGGUGGCAUCUCUGGAGGAGGAGGAGGAGGAGGAGGAGGAGGCUGAAGAGCCCUGAUGCCCCUUGGGGUGCCCUGCCUCUCCUGGCGGGGGUCCAGCCCCCUCGCCGCUGCGCCUUGGCAGGACCCCGCUAGCCGGGUGCAGGAGGGGUUCGGGGGGCCACCGCAGCCCCCCCUGGUCAGUGUGCCCCCGCUGUGCCCUGGCCCUGCUUGGCCACAUUGUUGUCCUGGAUUUUUGCAUGACAGCGGGGAAGGGGCACGGGGAAGGGCUUGGGGAAGUCCAACCCCUGCCCCAAUGCCCACAUGUGCCCCCCAAAACUGAUAGGACUGUAUCAGUGGGGCUAAUCGUUCGCAUGUUCCCCUCCAACCACCCCGGGGGCCCCUUUCUGGGCAUGAACCCCUGCCCCGUUGGCAUGGCUAAACCUCUCCGAAUAUCCUGCAGUGCCCCCCACCCCGUGCCCAGCACCCUCGGCUCGGGGUGUUGGGGGGCAUUUGGGGAGUGGGGGGCUUUUCUCCUCUCUCCCCGGCCAGCUUUUAUCAGACUGAGUUUUAUACUGUGAACUGCUGCCGUGGGGCACGGGGCCUGUGGGAGGGAGCUGGGGCUUGUCGCGUGGGGGGCCACGGAGGUGCCGUGGCUUUCUAUACUUUUGUACAUGUGUGGGGCCAGCACGGGGAGAUCGCGGGGCCGGGUGGGUGCAGGUCCCCAGGCUGGGGACACUGGGCCACGAGUGACAGCACUCCCAGUCAGCCCUGUGGCAGGGGGGGCUCAGCCUGGCCAUGGCUGCUCAAGUCUGCCAUGGGGCAAUGCGGGGUGGAGAAAGGAGGGUGGCAGCAGGUCCUGGAAACGAUGUCCCCGUCCCCAAGUCACUCACUCCUAGCAGGGAACCAAGUGCCUACACGAAGGGCGACAGCCCCCUCCGUCCUGGCCGGGGGUGGCACCCCAGCUCGGGGGAACCCCUAGGGCUGUGCCAUGGGUCCGGGCACGCCAUUUGGGGGAGGAAUGCCAGAUUUGCCAACGCUUGCACCCCGCUUCUCGCAUGGCAUGUGUUCUUGUGGGGCUGCUUGCCCGCUGCAUGCUGCUCCUCACCCAACCUGGCCACAGCCCCUGGCCUUGCACCCAGGGUGCCCUGAGCACCCACUGCACCCCUGCUCCCACGCCCCCCCAAGCACCUCCCAUCAAUCUCUGCCAGGCACAGCACCCAUAGCCCCUCCCUGCCGUGGGGUGCCCGGUGUGGGGCUAGCUCUCCUCUCCCUGCAUGGCCAAGCUGUGGGGAGAUGCAAGGACCAGCAGGCCUGACGCCAUGUCGAUGGGCUCCCUGCCACACACUACCACCCCCCUGUCUGGGGACAGCGGAUGCUCCCCAUGGCGCUGGGACAGGCUGAGGGGUUUGGGUUGCCUGCAGGAGGGGAGGGCUCUGCUCUGCGUGUGGAUGCACGUGUCUGUGUGUGUGUGUGUGUGUGUGUGCGCGCGCGCGCACGCCUGGGAGUGUAUGUGCAUGUGCACACAUGUGCGUACCCAUGGGAGAUGCCCAAGCCCCCUGCCCCGCUGCAGCGGUACCCGUGGAGAACCCACGGGGUGCCCACACCCUGGCACCCUCUCCUCCAUCCUGCCAGGUCUUGAAUAAAGUCUG